AAUGGAUGGAUGGAUGUGCGAUCUGAUCUCCAAAUUAUGCCCUGCCUCUUCCGUGACAACUCUCACACAGACAAAUACAAGUCUCAUCCCCAUUCAUUUAUUCAUUCAUUCAUUCAUUCAUUAGUUCACACACACAACCUAUUUUCGAACUAUCAUUCAGAAUAGUAUGUCUGUAUGCCUUGUUUGUAUGCGUGUGUUUUAGUAGUGUAUAUGUGCAAUCUUAGUCUUUGGUGUGUGAUUGUGAGAAAAAAAUUUUAUGCAUGUGUGACAUUUUAAUAGUGUAUAUGUGCAAUUUUAGUAUUUUUGCAUGUGUGUAUGAGUCUUUAGUGUGAGACAAAACGUAGGUUUUGUCCUAAACGGCCCCUGAUAAUAGAACAUAUACAAACUCUCAAUCUUCCACUCACACCCUCUUAUCACACUAAGAAGAAAUUUGCGUGUAUCAUCACCAGUUGGUGGCAGUAAUGCACCUUAUGCUUGUUUGCCAAACCGACAAGAACGUCAAAGAAGAUUCCUGCUCCCAGCAGUCAGUUCGUUUCCAUGUGUAGUAGCCACCUCGCUGCAGCAUGAUGUCUGUGUUCAUGGAUCUGAAUGUGCUGUUUUCUGCAGACAGGAGCCGCCUGCAGAGCCUCGUAGAGACAGCCGCUCACUUGGGAUUUUCCACUGUUGCCAUCAACUAUGUAUAUGAAUCCACAACCAAGAUGAAACAGGAAGUUCCAUCGCCAGUGCCGAUCAAUGAGCUGAUUGGUCAGCUGCCAGUGGUACAAGGUCGCUCUCGUCCAAUCAAAGUGCUGAAUAGACUAACAGUGGUGAUGUCAGAGGCCAGUCACUUUAGGCCAAAUGAUGCAGAGUAUCGCGCCUUUGACCUCCUGGCCGUCCAGCCGACCACCGAGAAGCUCUUCCAUACCACCUGCAUGCUGUGUGACAUUGACAUCAUUUGCAUCUCGGUGACAGAGAAACUUCCCUUCUUCUUCAAGAGAGCGCCCAUAAACGGGGCCAUUGACAGAGGAGUGAUGUUUGAGGUAUCAUAUGCCUCAGCACUCAGGGACUCCACCAUGAGGCGCUACACUAUUACCAACGCUGUUUGUUUGAUGGAAAGCUGCAAAGGAAAGAACGUCAUCGUCUCAAGUGCAGCUGAGAAGGCUUUGGAGCUUAGAGGACCUUAUGACAUCAUUAAUCUAGGGGCGCUGUUUGGUCUGUCAGAUGCUGACUCUAAAGAAGCCGUGUCUUCCAACUGCAGAGCCGUUUUACUGCAUGCAGAAACCAGGAAGACUGCUAGUGGCAUUGUGUACACCAGGAACAGUCAGCAGGAGGCCCUUCAGGACUGUGCCGGCAGUGAAGCUCCUGCUGCCAAACGACCCAAACCAACCUGACUGGGAUUGAGGAGGCAGAGCCUAUUCUCAUUUGUUUUACUGUUUUUGCUCGUCUCUAUUUGAAGAUGUUUUGCCUCCUAAAACUGAUUUAUAAUUUUGGAUCAAUAAAGUUUGAAAAAAUAAAUUCUUUAUUCAUUUUUA